AUUGUCUUCCAAACUACAUCAUCUUUGUCUCUUUUACACUGCAAAAGGGAGGAAAGAAACCACAACAACUUCAUCUUCUGCUUUGACAUUUUCCUCCUUUUACCAAUAUAUAUAGAGAGUAAUUUUCCCUCACACUAAGGAGAAAAAAGAUGGGAGGAGGAAGUUCGCCCUGCGCUUCCUGCAAAUUGCUGAGGCGCCGUUGUGCAAAGGACUGCAUUUUCGCCCCUUACUUCCCUCCCGACGACCCUCAUAAGUUCGCCAUCGUUCACAAGGUCUUCGGUGCUAGCAACGUCAGCAAGAUGUUGCAGGAGCUUCCAGUGCAUCAACGAGGAGACGCGGUGAACAGUCUAGUGUACGAGGCGAACGCAAGGAUGAGGGACCCCGUGUACGGGUGCGUAGGCGCGAUAUCGUACUUGCAGAAUCAAGUCUCGCAGCUGCAGAUGCAACUGGCGGUGGCUCAAGCGGAGAUACUCUGCAUUCAGAUGCAGCAAGAACAGUCUCCGGCGGCCAUGGUCGGCCUCCCUCCGCCACCUCAAGAUGAGAAAUCAUCUCUUCUCUUAGCCACUAAUAACUUCAAUAACCUUCAACAAUGCUUUGGCUUUGCUUCAACUUCGAGCAAUGUAAUGCAGGAUCCUCUCAAGAGAGAGUCCCUUUGGACUUGAUCAAACUUUUGUUAGGAAUUGCUAAUUAAUUAAGCUUGGUUAACGUUUGUUCAUUUUCAUCUAACUAGCUUAACUAAUAUAAUAUAUCAACUUCUUUAGUUUCUUAACUACUUCAUUGACUUUAAUUA